AUGGUUGUCACUGUUUGGAGUUUCCUGUCUGCCGCUCCCUUCAUCGUAGCUUCCAGGAUACCAUCCACAUCAUCAUCAAAUUUCUGCCACUCACUCCCUUUUUUGGCUGUAGGCCACUUAACCCGCUGUGAUGAGUGUAGGACAGUAACUGUUCAGACUGGUGGAUCUGUUAUUAUUCCAUGUCAUUAUGAAAGUAAAUACACCCAACACAAGAAAUACUGCUGCUAUCAUUCAUCAGGAGUAUUCUAUUACUGCUCUAUUCUGGCAUAUGCAAAUGAAACCAAAGGAGACGUGUCAGUAAUUGAUCAUCCUGAUCAGAGUUUAUUUACUGUCACUAUGAGAGACCUGCAGCAUCAAAACACUGGAUAUUACUGGUGUGCUGUGGAAAUUGAAGGAGUUACCCAUGAUGUGACAGAGAAGUUUUAUAUCACAAUCCAAUCAGCUCCUGAUGUCUCUGUGAUGUCCAGCAGUGUAACUGUAGAUGAAGGUGGUAAUAUCAGUGUACAGUGUUUCUACACUUCUACAUAUAAGAAUGAAACCAAACAGUGGUGCAGAUAUAAAGACAAAAUAUGUUACACAGUGGGAAGAUCUGACACAUCCCAGUAUUCAUUUAAGAUCAGUGAUGAUAGGAGAGGAUCUUGGACUGUGGUGAUGUUUGGACUGAUGAAGAGUGAUUCUGGCUGGUGUUACUGUUCUGUAGGAGAUCUACAGGCUCCUAUUCAACUCACAGUCACUGCCCCAGAGGUGGAAACUCCUGAUGUCUCUGUGAUGUCCAGCAGUGUAACUGUAGAUGAAGGUGGUAAUAUCAGUGUACAGUGUCUCUACACUUCCACAUAUAAGAAUGAACACAAACGGUGGUGUAGAUAUAAAGACAAGAGAUGUUACACAGUGGGAAGAUCUGACACAUCCCAGUAUUCAGUUGAGAUCAGUGAUAAUAGGAGAGGAUGUUUGACUGUGGUGAUGUCUGGACUGAUGAAGAGUGAUUCUGGCUGGUAUUACUGUUCUGUAGGAGAUCUACAGGCUCCUGUCCAACUCACGGUUACUGGUGUCUAUAUUUGA